GGAGGGCCGAGCGCAGGGGCGCAGGGGGCUCGCGGCCCGGUUCCCCGCUGCCCGACGGCCGCCGUAGCACCGAGUCUGAGGUCUACGACGACGGUACCAACACCUUCUUCUGGAGACUCAGUUCUCAUCCAGUGGAGCAAUGAGUCCUGGGGUGGGCCCUGGGCAAGCCCUCAAAGAGACAGACGCAUGGCCUUUUGGAAAGGAUACUGUACAGAAGCAGCUCCAGGAGAACUGAGCUGGGCCUUGUUGGAGAGCACAUCUGAUCAGGGAGUGAAGGGAGCCUGGCAGGGGAGUGACUGGACCUUUCAUGGCGAGCCCACACCUUAACUGUGCUGUUCAUCCUCACCUGUGCGCUGGGCUACGUGACUCUCCUGGAAGAAACGCCUCAGGACACAGCCUACAACACCAAGAGCCUACUGGCGGUUUUGGCUCUGUGUUAGUGUGGUCUACGAGCUGUUUCUCAUCUUCAUCCUCUUCCAGACAGUCCAGGACGGCAGGCAGUUUCUGAAGUAUGUUGACCCCAGGUUGGGAGUCCCACUGCCAGAGAGGGACUACGGGGGGAACUGCCUCAUCUACGACACAGACAACAAGACCGACCCCUUCCACAACAUCUGGGACAAGCUGGAUGGCUUCGUUCCUGCCCACUUUAUUGGCUGGUACCUGAAGACUCUCAUGAUCCGCGACUGGUGGAUGUGCAUGAUCAUCAGCGUGAUGUUUGAGUUCCUGGAGUACAGCCUGGAGCACCAGCUGCCCAACUUCAGCGAGUGCUGGUGGGACCACUGGAUCAUGGAUGUGCUUGUCUGUAAUGGGCUGGGCAUCUACUGCGGCAUGAAGACCCUUGAGUGGCUGUCCCUGAAGACCUACAAGUGGCAGGGCCUCUGGAACAUUCCAACCUAUAAGGGCAAGAUGAAGAGGAUUGCCUUCCAGUUCACGCCCUACAGCUGGGUCCGCUUCGAGUGGAAGCCUGCCUCCAGCCUGCGCCGCUGGCUGGCCGUGUGUGGCAUCAUCCUGGUGUUCCUGCUGGCAGAGCUGAACACCUUCUACUUGAAGUUCGUGCUGUGGAUGCCCCCCGAGCACUACCUGGUUCUGCUACGACUGGUCUUCUUCGUGAACGUGGGUGGCGUGGCCAUGCGUGAGAUCUACGAUUUCAUGGAUGACCUGAAGCCCCAUAAGAAGCUGGGCCAGCAGGCUUGGCUGGCGGCAGCCAUCACAGCCACAGAGCUGCUGAUCGUGGUGAAGUACGACCCACACACGCUGACCCUGUCCCUGCCCUUCUACAUCUCCCAGUGCUGGACGCUCGGCUCCGUCCUGGUGCUCACCUGGACCGUCUGGCGCUUCUUCCUGCGGGACAUCACCUUAAGGUACAAGGAGACCCGGCGGCAGAAGCAGCAGAGUGACCAGGGCAGGGCUGUUGGCAACGGGGACGGGCACCCAGGGACAGACGAUGACCUGCCUGGAUCAGGAGCUGCCCAGGAAGGGGCCUCUGAGCAGAGGGUGCUGGCUGGGAAGGAGGGGCCCUCCACCACCUCCUGAGUGCCCGCCUGCCCGCCCAGGGCCUCACCCUCCAGGGGAGGAGGACUGAGGGCCAUUCAUUCCACUCUGCACUGGGAUCCUGGGCUCCUCCAGGGCUUGCUCUGGGCCGGGGGGUCCCGCCCUUCCCCUGCUGCCUGGUCUUCCAGGGCUCUGGCUUGACACACUUGUGCCUGGCAGCACAGCCCAGCACAGGCCACUUGGGGACCUGUGUCCACUCACUGAGUAUGGGCAGGGCUGCCCAUCCUCCUGGUGACCCAGGGGAGAGAGGGCUCCACCAACACAGGAUGACCAGGUAGUGGACGGACAGCAGCAUCGAGUGCUUCCUCCGAGCCUUCGCCCAAUCCCAACUCUCAGCAGGACAUGACAGGGUCAGAGGUCGUGGGACUGGCCCCUCAGGCUUCACAUGCCAGUCGGAGGCUCUGGGGCCCCAGGCACUUUUUGUGGGGGUGUUGUCUCUGCGAGCAAACAGAACAAAUAAAGUGACCGUGGAGGUGGCA